GCAAGAGUUUUUCCCUGCCGUCUGCCACCUGUGAAAUGACCUUGAUGAUUUUAAGCGCUCUCCGAUCAGAAGCUAACACUAAUCUACACAAACACUCACUGUUACAUCACAGUCGGAUCAUAUUUCAUUUUAAAAAGGGCUCCUGCACAGAAACAUUUCCGGAAAUGGGUCGAAAACAUUUCAAUGAAACACGGCAUUUAAUUUCACCUUCAUUAUUUAUUUGCACACAAACAGUUCACGUUACAUAAUCCUUUAAAGCAAAUGAGCCCUGAUGGAUUUGUCAGCAAAAAAGCAAAAUAUUACACGAUAGACGGAUCGCAAUUUAAAUGACGUUUACGCUGCAGUUAUUCAGCAACCCUAUUUUCACCUGCCCCCUGAAUACCACCUGGAUCAUGAGCCAAAAGAGGCAGGUAGGGCUUCCUCCAUCUAUUGUUCUAGAAAGCAGGAUGUCCUUCGUUCCCUCUAUGAGCAAAGGGAAGCGUCGGUUCCUUUUCCUCAUCCUCGAUAGCACCCGUUCGGCGAUGGCGGUGUCACAUAGAUGCGAGAGAGAUUAUUUCAUACCUGCCACACUAUUGGAACAACCAUUGUCAAAACAAUAAAUCAAGACUUUCUUUAAGGUUACUAAAGCUUGGCUCCUUAACCGGUUAUGUGGAGUACCCGGAGAAAACUCGCGCAUGCACGGAGAGAACAUACAAAUUCCACACAGGAACGUCAGGGCCGGAAUCGAACUCUGCUCCUCUGAACCGUGAGCCGGAGUUGCUAACCGGCUAUCCACUCUCUGUGCAGUCCCCUCUUUUUUAUGCCCAAAGUUUUAUUCCUUGCAUGUAUGUUUAUUUUAUAAUAGUUUGUGUUGACAGCUCCAGGUGGGCCGCCAUACAGUACAGGCCCGAUUGUUGUGUUGCUGCAGAAAUGAUCUGUCCUGAAAUAGGAAGGUUCUCCUUUUUCCACAGAGUAAUAAUUGUACCACCUGACCAUUGGAUUCUUGGUCACUUCACUUUCCAACUUGUUCCAAACCGUGACGGUCGUUACAUGAGCCCUUCGGGACUGUGAAGGCAUUUUCAAUGGACAGCAAGUGACGGUAGCAGACAAAAUGGCAGUGCCCCUGAGAUCAAAUUUUGUCCAUUUAUUAUUGAGAAAUUUCAUUAUGGCUGGACAAAAUAUGUCGUUAAUUUCUUGAAGGACCCUCGCCCAACAAUAAAUCUCAAGCGACUUCUUCUUUUUCAUCUAUUUUGAAGACGACGCGUUUGCCUUCCGCGCUUGGAGGUGCGCCGUCUACUGCGCAUGCGCGCCGCCGCUCACUGGUACCCUAUUUUUGUUCCCAGACAUCACCACCACCACCACCACCACCAUCAUCAUCACCAUCCUCACCACCACCGUCCUCAUCACAGGUUGGCGUGAACAUCCUCUGCAUCGCGCGGCAAGCAGCCCUUCCCUCUUCAUCUUCCUCUUCCGUCGCGGUGGGAGACAAAGGGCGACGGGGAGAGGGAGAACGAAGAAGAAGAAGAUAUCAUGAAGAAACGCUACGUGGACGCGAGCAGGCUCCGAAAGAUGAAGAAAUUGAAAAUAAGCGAGCGGCUGUCUGAAAGUGCGUACACGUUCCUGAAGUUUAUGGCCAUUUGGAUGUUGGUGCUGCUGGCAGAUUUCCUUCUGGAAUUUCGUCUCGAAUACCUGUGGCCGUGCUGGCUCUUCUUUGGGAGCGUGUACACAACCUUCCACUGCCAUGGGCUGGUUAUUUGCGUUGUUUUUGUGUGCGCCGCCUUCACACUUGACAUCUUUUGUUUGAUUUUUGUUCCUCUGCACUGGCUCUUCUUUGUGGCCAGCACCUACGUCGUAUUAAAUUAUAUUUGGCACACAGAGAAGGGGAUCUGCAUCUCCACGGUGUCUUUGUGGAUCCUUCUUGUGUACACGGAGGCUUCGCUUCGACUCAAAGACCUCAAAAUCUCGCAUGCCAAUCUUUCUCAUCUUUUUGCUGCUCACUGCAUCGGAUAUCCGGUCGUCUAUCUUGGCUUUGACGCCACCUGCUACUUCACCAACAUCUUCAAACUGCGCAUCCAGAAAGCGGUCCAGAGUGACAAUGACUUCCACAUGCACCUGCUGCAGCACUCGCUCCCGCCGAGCCUGCCGCUUUACCCCAAGAUGGUGGCCGAUAAUGGCCCCUCCAAAUGGAAGUCAAAGUCUGAGUCCAGUCAGUACCAGUAUCAGAACGGCGCUGUUCUCCCUCAAGACGAGUCCCACACGAUAGACUGCCUCCAGAUCCGUAGUGACGAGCGAGCAGCCGACAAGGCCUCGCAGGAAGUCCGUUCGGUUGAAUCCAACCGGAAGCCAUUGUUGUCCAAAGGCAGCUCCGGCGAGUCCAGAGAGGCGCACCGCAAUGGGUCACCGGGACCGGAAUCCUCCACGACCCCAGAAAAACUACCUCAGGAGGAACAGGCCGGCAAAGCCGCCCGUGCGGUGAAGAAUUCGUCACCCAGAGUCCGGCGAGCUAACCCGGCCACGCCUUCGCCAACUGCUGGCAGGAUGGAGAAGAAACAACGGUCCGGCGGGAAAACGGUCAGCCCGAACCGGGACGGGGCGGACAAAAGUGCUACGGUGGCUCAGAAUCAACACGCUGAGCAGCUGAGCAGGCUGGAGCAGGAGCUGAGGAAGCUGAGGGCCGAGCUGCAGGUGAGCCGACACGGCGAGCAGGAGCUGAGGAGUCACAUCUGCAACCUGACUAACAGCGAAAGGAGCCUCAGGCCCGAAGUGGCCUUGCUGAGACAGUCCAACAUGCUGCUGCAGAGCAAGAUCAUAUGCUUGAGCAAAACCAAGCAGCGGGACAAGCAGACCAGCGCCAUCCUGGAGAAGAAGACACGAGCGGAGACGGAGGCAAGAGUCUCACUGGAGAGGCAGGUGGCCGAGCUUCUGGCGCACAGACCCGACGAGGCAGCCGGCGCGAGCCGGGCCGUCGCCGCCAGGCAAGAAAACAGCGAAAGCCAAAUGUUAAGGAAAAGAGUUAAAGAUCUGGAGACGGAGUACAAACAGCUGCAGCUUCAGUAUCAAGUCAAAGAGAGUCGCGUGAUCGAUCUCGAGAGCGACGUGGAGGCUUUAGGGAAAUACCGCGCUGUGGAAAAGGACACGGACAUGUUGCUGUCCACCCUGUCGGCCCUUCAGGACAAGGCUCAGCAUCUGGAGUACAACCUGAGCGCUGAGACGCGCAUCAAACUGGAUCUGUUCUCAGCGCUGGGGGACGCUCGCAGACAGCUGGAGAUCGCUCAAGACAAGCUGCUGAGGCAGGACAAGGAAAUCAGCGGCAUGAAGCAGAAGAUCGCCGAGGUGAUGGCGGUGAGCCCCGCCGUGUCCUACGUGGCCCCCCGCCCCCCUGUGCCUCAAUACCUCACCAAGCUGCUCAGCUCAGAGCGCUACAUGCUCAACCCACGCGCCCUCAUGUACCAGUGUCUGAAGAAGUAGACCCAACCCCCCGCCCACCCCCCCACGUGAGGAGACAGUGUCCGCCGUUGCCCGCGUGAAGCGGACACCAAGCGAACUCCACACGACAGCAUGCCUUGGGACUGCGCUACUGGUGCUAAAGUGACAUCCUGCUCCACUUUUGCCGUUCACUGAAGCUCAUUUGUCAACGGUGCGAUUCCAAAACGGUGGUACCUGGACCUCGGCGUCUAAUUCGGUCCAUGCAUGUAAGUCAGCUCAUGUUAUUCAUACUUUUAAUUCAAUUAAUGCUUAUGCUUGUUUUUUUUUGGGGAGCAGUCACUUGAUGGAAAAUACAAGCACAAAACAUAAGAGAUGCGCGACUAGGUCAUGAAGUGAUCAUGGCCAGAUGUUGGUGAAGUUCACUAUCGCCAUCUUGAGGAAUUUCUAAAGCUAUAUAUAUAUAUAUAUAUAUAUAUAUAUAUAUAUAUAUAUAUAUAUAUAUAUAUAUAUAAAUGUUGGGGUGGGACUUGAUUGAAAAAAAGUCAAAUUAGAGGCUUUGUAAUUAUUUAUACUUGAUUAAUUACAUUUUAAUAAUAUAAAAUUUAUCCCAAAAAGCAAAAUUUUGAAAUUGUAUAGAUGUCAAUGGACAAAAAGACAUGAAUAUUGACUGAAAAAAACACAUUUAAUCGCAUUUCAACACCAUCCAGGAAAAUAUCUCUCUAGAAAUUGAACGUUAAACUGUAAUAGGUAGGACCCUCCCCCACCGCUUCACAUAACCUUACAAAAUGUACACAGUAAGCUUUUUUUUUUUUUUUUUAAAUUGCGAGUGCAAAAACCUGCAAACCCACUGGCCUCACAAUCCCCUCCACACCUACUUAUUCUCUCUCUCUUUCAGCCAGUUGCUAAGACAAACGAGUCUGUUCACAUUUUCCGAGCUCAAGGCAGCUCUCUUUUUUGUGACAAUGUGACCCGCAAGUGAGAACAGCCUCUCACAUGGCACCGACGUGGCAGGGCUACUCAGAUACUUGCGGGCUAGGACAGACAGCUGUGAGUGGGUCCCUACUCGACUGGACCACCAUUGGAAUGGGCAGUCUGUCUCGCUGAUGGUGGAUUCUACUCUGUACAAAUUCAGGGCCCUGCGCCACCGUUCUUCCUCAUCUGAGUCAGAGUCUGAAUCAAAUGAACAGAGAAGCAGCCUCUUUUUCUUCGCUGGCUCCUUCAUGAUGGUCCUUUUGCACUGUUCUUGCAGUAGGGCCUCAAGGCGGCUCCAAACCUCUUCCCGCUCUUCCCUCGCAAGACACUUUAAGUCCUUAAAACGCGGGUCGAGCACAGUGGCCACUUUGAGCCAUUCGUGGUUGAGCGUCGCCGCGCAUUGGGUGAACUCUUUCUUGAAGACGGUCUUGAAUUUCACCGCGUCGUUGGAGUCACUGCCCGAGACCUCCAUGGUGUGGCGCAGGUGGCACAAAGCGGGUAAAACCACUGAGCAUGGGACAUAGGUUUCACCUCCGAGGAGCUCAGUCACAAAUCUGCAAUAGAGGGUUCGGGAAAGUUAAUAUUAACCUGCAAAAUGGCUAUCAAAGAGAGCUUUUCAAAGAAGCAAUCACAAUAACGCUUUAUCAACUCAUCCGCUGUCAUUGAUAGCCGUCAAAGAUCCGUUUGCACGGGUCGGGCAGCGAAUGAGUUGGAAAUCGUUUUAUUUACCUGCAUGGCUCGAGGACAGUCGUAAGAUUUUGGAGUUGAAGAACCUCGGUCAGAGUUAAUGUGUCUUGAUUGUGCUCCUGAUUGUGUAAAGAAGCAAAAGCCUCUUGACUCUUCAGUAGACAGGAGAUCAUAUCAAGCGUCGAAUUCCAUCUCAUGGAAACAUCCCGUAUGAGUUCCUCAUUUUCUUGGCCCGGUCUUGAUUGCUUCCGGGGUAGUUCCUCCUCCAUGUUGUCAGGGCCGUGUUGAAAGUGACCCGCUAUCUUGUGACACUUUGCUAAGACACCAUUAAAACCACAUUCAGCAAGGCUAACUGUUAUGGUUCUGUGCAAGAUGUGAGCAAUACAAGGACUGUGUUGGAACGGGAGAUGUCUUGCUGCAGCUAUCGCGGUUCGUGUGGAGUCUGUUCCAAUGGUGGUGAUCUUUUGGCGAAUUCCCCACAUCACUGCCACGGAGAGAAACCGUUCCGCGCAGUUUUCUGCAUUGUGUCUGCUGUCUGUCUCAAGCACAGUCAGGACAAAAGACUGAAAAUGCCAUGUUCCGUCUGUGACCGCGGCAAUGUGUGCAGUGACGCCGAUGUAAUUCGCAUUACGAACGGUGGUCCAAUGAUCCCCAGUCAGAGCCACAAAUUGAGCUUUUUCUAAUGCAUCCAGUUUAGCUACUUUUUCCGUGUCAUAGAGUUGUUGGAUGAUGGCUGAAAUCGUAUUUUUGGAAGGCAGUUUCAAAGUUGGAUCACAUGUGGCAAUCUUGAGCGCGUUUUCGAGUCCUUUAUCUUCUACCACUGAUAGCGGUCUGCAGUCCAGCGCGAUCCACAUGGCGAGUGGGUUUGCUAGUUUUUCCGAUGUUGACGGACUCGUUCUGGGCCUGAAGCCCGUCUCAUUAUCGAGCUGUUUGCUUUGCUGACGACCCGCGCCGCCAAUUGCCGUUGCGGCAUCUUUGCUGUGCGCAAGGUGCUUGGCGUUCAAAUGGUAGCGGAGGGUUGAACUGCUGCGGUGGUAUGCAAACUCUUUUUGGCAGAAUAUGCACAUAACCACGCGUUUAUUAACGCCUCCGUCGGGUAGCUUCUUGAAAAGGAAUUUGCCUCCCAACACUCCAAACAAUGCGGUUUCAUCCGAAUCCUCCAUGUUGACUUGUCCGUCCGCGUAAUCGGCGUACCAGGAACUGUGCACUGACAAACGUUCCGCUUUGAUUAUGAACGCCAUUGUUAUUAAAAUAUGGUCAUUUGUUUACGUUUUUUGGGGGUGGCAUGGUUAAUUAAUCAUGUCACAAAUUGAAAAUAUGUAUCACUUGUUUUACAUAAUAUAAGGGUGAAAAAAAUAAUCGCGUGUCGGAGAUGCAUCUUCUGUACAGUGACAAUUUACUAAUUUGUGGCAUGUAAAUGAAUGUAAAAAUAUUUAAUAUUCACCAUUUCAAAAGUGUCAAUUUACAAAAGUGCUGUCAAAGCAGAAACGUGUUGACUUUUAACAAAAUUGUAUAUUUGAAAUAAGGGGGCUAAGGCAGCUGCGUUUAAAUGAAUGUGUAUUUUUGUGUUUAGCUGGACUUUUUUUCAAAUUUUAAUCUCCAAUGAAUUUGAAUGUUGUCGGAAUCAAGAUACUUUUUGAAUGAACACUGAAUUAACUGCUGGUCAACAUCCAAUUCACCUUCAUUAUAUGCAAUUGAUGCAAAUCACAAUGCUCCAUAGCGCCAACUCAAAGAUGUUAUUCACAUGCUGUCCACUGGAAAGCAUAUGUUUCAAAUUUUGUUUACAUUGCACUGGAGCAAUAAAGCUUCUCAAACUGCUACUGAAGUGCACCAGGGACAUUCUCGCCAUACAGCAAUUUUGCUACGUCACUUCGAUGUCGAUGUCAAAAUUGCAAAGGCGAGGUUGUCAAAUUCUAAUGGCUCAUACCUGAAACAAAAUGAGGGGUCAAAAAGAAAGCGUAAAGUGACAUUUGGGACACUUUAUAGAGACAAGCAGGUUUAUACCACCUAAAAUUAAAGCAACAGUUUUUGAUGAGAAUAUUCUAACUUUUUUUUAAAGACAAUUAGUAUGCAACCAUGUGUUUUUGUCUAUGUAUUGAAGUGGCGGCAACUAUUUGAAUGACUCACACAAAUGGGUUUGAAUCGAGGCCUCAUCCUGGUUUGGAGUACGCUGACCAAACGUGGUCCAUGAACUGAAUUACCGUGCCUAUAAAUGUGAUUUUUCCACAGGGAAGAAAGACACGCAAGUUAAUGUGAACGAGUGUUGUGUUUGAACUAAAGUGCUAUGUACUGUUUUUGUAGUUCUGCUUUUUCUUUUCUAGUCAUACACAUAAUUGUACAGAAUGGAGAUUUGAACCAACAGCUGGAUGACUUUCCAGAGAGCUGUGAUGUCGCCAACAUUGGGGGGUAGCUUUUUAUUUAGAGCGUGUUUCUAAGGUGUUUUAUAUCAAAACUAUUUUUUAGCCUGGCUUUACUUUUAUGAUUAUUACACCUCUUUGUCAAUUUGUACGGCGACGUGUUUUUUGUCAGCAUGAAAAUGUAUCGGAGCACACAUUGUGACGUUAAGUACGUCCAAGAGUAUAAUACAGUACUUGUACAAGGGCUACCCUUUCUUAAAUAAGGAAAGAAUGGAGAAUUCAAUUUUUUUUUUGUAUAAAUGAUUGAAUUUUGUCUCA